AUGGGGACCCGAGGUCUUUACUUGAUCCGCUGCCACGGUCGAUACUUCAUCUACUAUAACCAAUUUGACAGCUACCCUGAGGGCUUAGGUGAUGCUAUCGUGGAGGAGAUACCUGAGGAUCCAGAGAAAUACAGAGAAUGGCUCCAAUCUAUGCGGGGGCUCUAUGCUCAGCUUGUUAAGCAGUUCGAAACACAAGCUCUUCCAGUCAUCCUUCAAGCGACCGAAGAAGAAGACUCCACCGUCGCUGUGGCUGAGCGGUAUACGACGAGCUUCCUCGCUGUCGAUGAUAGGCUAGAACUGCCACCUCUGCAAAUUGUGCUCCCAGAAGUGGCCACGUUCGAUGUUGAAUGGACAUAUACCCUCGACCUAGACCGGGAAGUUUUGACUAUUGAUAACUCCCUGCAUCUUCACCUAACCAAGAUUCCUCGUGGGGGAGCCUGGAUCAAGUACCUUGAUAUAGACAAUCAAAACCGUCGCGUAGCCGGCAGUUGUACACCAGAAGAGGUAGUUGCUGACCUUACAUGGAAGCCAGAAGUUGGCAGCGCCUUGACUGAGAGAUACCACCAGUUUGAUGUUCGUAUGGACUUACUGGAGGCCUUCAACGAUCAUGAACAUUCUUCAGACCCGCGUGAACCCUUGCUGGAUGCCACUUUCUCGCUGAUAAGGAAUCAAUACAGAAGGGUUCUGGAUGGUUAUGUGUUGGAAUGGGCGCCCGAUGAGUUCCCUUUCAGGGAAAUUGCCUUUGCUGUGUUGUCUAUUGCUGCUGGGGAGGUGUCUUUUGAAUGCAUUCAAAGCCUCGACCGAAACCAUAAAGGGGAAGGCUACUACCUGGUUCAUGGCAGAGUGUCUUCUGGCUUGACAGCAUCUUGUCACCCGCCAACCGUCCUUCCACGAUUCCUGUACGAAUCUCAUCUUCCGGGUGUCCGGCCUGGUUCAGCACCCGAGGGAAGGAUGUACUGGUUCGGAAAUGUUCUUGUGCAUCUGGCUUCUAGACUGGACUUGGUCGAGGUCGAAGAGGCGUCCGUUGCCGAGGUUGUGGAGGCUGGUCUAAAACAGGGACUAGAAGACUUCCAUGCCAUGGUCUUCUCAAUUUUAGAUGUGGUUCUACUUCAUGUCCAAAAGGGCCCAGAUGGCACCGUUCACGUUAACAGGUCUCCUCUGAUGGCGCCAUUUGAGUUUGACGGCAAAAGCCCACGUUUUGCAAACGGUCCUCGAACAACGCGCUGUGAAGAGCGGAAGAGGCAGGUAGUGAGUCCUUUUCUCGCAAUCAUGCGACUCUUCGAUAAAGCUACCGAUUCAGAUUUGAAAGGUACCCGCUCGAGCGUACUUCCGAAUGAGGUUUUGGGGACCAUUAUGGAUUUCUCUGAUACUCAGACCUACCGCGCGCUUGGUAAAGUGUCAGCGUACUCUCGCAGAGUCAGUAGCCGGAAACUUCGCUUGAACGAUGAAUACGCUGCAGUUGGCUUUGAUCCUUCCGAACAAAGCUUCAUCCUGGAACACUUGCAGUCAGGGCAAAGAUUUCACUCCAAACUAGAGAAUUACAUCGAUGGAAACAGGUUUCGCAGUACCGCCAAAGGUGAAGGAAUGCACUUGAGACCUGUGGUUGGCAUAGAAAGUCCCACUAGGCGGAGCAUCUUGGACUCCGUGAGCCUAUACUUCUCUGGGGCGACUUCGAGAAUAGCCCCUUAUUCAAAGACGAUAGAGAUGCCCAAACAGUCGUAUUGUCGUUACACUCACCACUACCAUAGCCCAGAACCUGAGCGUCUAUUCUACAUUGAAGACCAUAUGCUUAUCGGGUCAGUGGAAGAUGGCUGGGGUAAUUAUAUUACCAGCCUGAAUCGACGCGACGGCGCAGCGCGAGAAGCCACUUUCGUUUGUGGUGCGAGACUCGGCUGUCUUCUCCCCCCAGGGCUUCGUCAGCUUAGCCUGGACUAUUGUCGCAAUAACCUAUUUUGUUUCAUUCGCUGCGCGCAUGACGAAAGUUCCGAAGCAUGGGAUGUGAUGAUGAAGUAUGCUUUGCGUCAGCUUCAGUUCCUACAGGCGUCGGAGGGGGAGAUACUCCCGGUUUCAGGAUUACCCGUGAUUAUGGCCUUUUCCACGAGAGUCCGACUCUUCUUCUACGUCUACCAGUGCGCGGAGGCCCCGACUCUCGAAACCGAUGCUCCCCAGUUUCUGAUUAGGGCGGCGGCACAAUGCACAGAUCCCGAGCCUAGUCGUCGGCUUAUCCCUCUCAUUACCGACGGCGAAACCAUCGAUCUCAAAGAAAGGAAGCGGAGAGAUGAGUUUGAGGAAUGGAUCAAGGUUCUCCACAGUCACAACUAA